CAUCAGAAAGUUAAAGACCAAAAAAAAAAAAAUGGGAUGCUGCUUGAGCGCCGGGAAAGUCACAGCUCCACCUGUCGCCGCCGUCGCCGCAAAGACUCCUCCACCCAUUGAAGAAGAAACCGUGAAAGAAGUCGUGGUCCAGUCGGUCUCUGUCUCCGUCCCGGUCCCCGUCUCUGAACCUGACCCCAUUCCCGUCGCCGACAUCGUUCCCACCGCACCGGAACCUCGCAACCCUCCUCCUUCACUUCCAACUCCGGAGAUCUCUCACAACAACAAGUCCGACACAUGUAGCGUCUCUCACAGUUUCUCCACCGCCACGACUGCCACCGCUGCUUCCAUCCUCGAAGACGACGCUGUCAGCAAACCCCACCGACAUCCUCCUCCUUCCACCUCUCGCCGCAACAUGUCUGAGAGAAUCUCCAGAUCUCCGGGAGGACGCCACUCGCCUCAGGGGAAGCUCCGUCCCAGGAUGGUCCGAGAGAGACAACAACAUCAACCCCUUCCACAAAACCCUACCCACAGCCGGCGAAAGGCGGAUUCGGGUCCUCUCCCGAGAACCGGGUUGCAAGAAGGUCCGAGGCGUCGCUCUCGUUCUCCGGCGACUCGUGCCCCGAGUUCCUCGAGGAGAAGCCCCAUGAAGAAGCGAGAACCGGCGCCGGCGAAGGACGGAGCAGAGGAGGCGAAGGUGACUGUGAAUGAGAAGAAGGAAGAGGAGAAAGUAGCUGUUGAGGUGACGAAGAAGGAAGAAGAUGAGAAAGUAGCUGUGAAGGACCCUGAAGUGUCUAUGGAAUGUUUCAUCUUCCUCUGAUAAUUGUUUCCUCUUUUUGUGAUUUGUAAAUUGCAGAAAUGUAACGACCUAACCAAAUCUUUGAGGAUCUUCAUUUUGUCUUUGUUUA